AUGGAAGAGAUGGUCAUGGACUCGUCUGGCGGCCAGCUCAGACCGCCCGCGGCUCGGAAGAGACUCAGUUCUUCAGUAGGAUGCGACGCUGCUGAUUCUGAGCUUUCUGACUCAAGGUCGGAAGAUUCGGAUGUUUUCAUACCUGCCAAGCACCACCGUUCGAGACGGAAGUCUCCGGCAUCGUCCUCAAGCGAAGCGACCAUCAUAUACAGCAGCAUCAUGACCACGACAGUACCCUUCAUACCCGUCGACGUGACGCGUGCCAUGAGCUUUGCCCCGCCGUUCCUGGUCCUCCUGCUGCUGUGCCUGCUGUCCACGUCGUGUCUUGUCAUGUGCCUCUUCACGUCGAACAGCGGCAUCGCCUCGCUCUCCUCUCUAGCAACCGGAAACAUGUCCGUGCCGCAACUUUUGGCCGAGGCGACUGGCCGCCACCGGGCUCGGCUGGCGCGAGCCGUCUCCUUCCCGGGUCGCGACAGCGCCCACCGAGGGACCGACCAUCGUGCUCUCCCUGGAACCGCGCAGGCCAGGAGGGUGCCUAGCCCACAGGAGAUACACGCGCUGCGCCGCCUGGUCUUCGAGCACGGUCUGGAGGAGGAGAUCGCGAGGGAGGUCCAGGGACGGCAGGUCAACUACCCAGUCGGAGGUGCCCAGACCUCGCCCGCCGAGGCCUCCCCGGCCGCCCAGACCUCCUUCUCCGCCACCACGGCCGAUGACGUCGCCUGCGAUGCCUCCGCCCUCCGCAGCCCAGCUGCCGUCCGUGGGGCUGUCCGGACCCGCCCAACUCCUGCCGCCGCCUGCACCCACAAGGCAACGUAUCCCUAUAUACUUGUUGUUGGUUUAGUUGGUACAUACUUAAUUAUGCUGGAGAUAAUUUUAAUGAAUGCUUACAAGGAGGCAAGCAUUUUGUCCUUUCCAGGUUGUGGUCACGCCGGUCGGGACUCCAGAAUUGUCGGCGGACACGAAGCCUCCCCAGGACAGUGGCCUUGGAUGGCUGCCAUAUUCCUCGAAGGACGGCGCGGACGAGAAUUCUGGUGCGGUGGGGCACUCAUCAACGAACGCUACGUGCUCACAGCCGCCCACUGCCUUUCCCAUCCAUCGGGUUUCAGGUACCGUCCCUCGCAGCUGAGCGUGCGGCUGGGCGAGCACCACAUCUACGACGACCGCGACCACGCGCACCCGGUGGACUUCCGCGUCGAUUCGGCCCUGCAGCACCCGCGGUUCGCCCGGCAAGGCUUCUACAACGACAUCGCCCUCUUGCGGCUCGCCGCACCGGCCGAGUUCAACGAUGCCGUGCGGCCAAUCUGCCUGCCGGAAGCCACUGCCGCCUCCUCGACGACUGCCGCGACGUCCGGAGCGGGGUCGCCGAAGGCACGAGACCCGAUCGCGGGUCUCAUGGCCACCGUCAUAGGAUGGGGAACGCUGUCCUACGGCGGCUCAAACAGCGGAACCCUACAGCAAGUGUCGUUUCCGAUCUGGCGCAACGAGGACUGCGACCGGCGAUACGUGCAGCCUAUCACGCGCGGAUUCCUCUGCGCCGGAUACAUCGAGGGAGGCAAGGACGCCUGUCAGGGUGACUCCGGCAGCCCGCUGAUGGUGCGCGACCGGGACCGUCACUGGCUCGUCGUGGGCGUGGUCUCGUUCGGGAGUCGAUGCGCGGCCGCCGGCUUUCCGGGCGUCUACACCAGGGUCAGCGAGUACGUCGACUGGAUACGACGCAACAGCCGGCCCUGACCACCGCCGCCCGCGUUCACUCUUCCCUCCGCUCCUGCGGCCUCUUCAGACCAGUUUCCCGUCGCAUACGCGCCUCCCGUCGACAACAAGCACGCACGCGCCUGCCCGCCGACGUGCGGCGUGUUGCAAGAAGAGAAGGCUGUGUCGUCGGCUGUGUUCCGUAUACAGCGGAGUGGCUCCACAGGCUGCUGCAUUCGCUCGUCCUGUCCGCUCAACGAUGCAUCGCGCGGCAGGCGUGACCUCCAGCGUCUCUCCGGUUGUGCCGAACAGCCCGGUGCACGCGGAGAGCAGUGGGUACGUUGCCCAUUGCGGCACAUCCGUCAAUAAAAAACAGCGCACG